CCUCCCAAUAAUCAAAGAGAUUCAUAUAUUAAGCAAUAUCUCUAUCUUUAUAUCAUACAUAUUACAAAUUCAUACCCUUAUCUCAUAUUGAUAGAGAUCUAUCAAUUUUGGAGUUGUUGGAAUUAGCUUAGGAAACCAAAAUUGAAUUAACCAUGAGCCAUGCACAAUUCUACGAUAAUCAUGCAAUUAAGGCAGAUCAAGCCAUGAUUAGCAAUAACAACAAUGUUUCUCCUCCUUUGAAGAUCAACAAGAACUCUCAUUUGAUCAAGAAAUCAUCGUCGAAUUCGUUAUCUUCUUCUUCCUCUUCUUCCUCCCUAUUUAAUGGGGUCGCGACCAUCACCUCAACCACCAUCCCGCAUCAGCCACGUCAUCCAAUUAUCAUCCACACACAUCCUCCCAAAGUUAUUCACACACAUCCACGCGAUUUCAUGGCAUUGGUCCAAAAACUCACUGGCUUUUCACGAGAAGACGAUAACUCUUCUCCUUCUCAUCCACCUCUUCCUCUACCUCAACAUCCCAAAUCCGAGCCUAUAAACGAGGAGGAGGACCCUGUUUCUGGCCCUGAAAGCUGUCUUGGAGAUAUCCUCCGACCCGAUAAAGAAAUUAAUUAUCAAAAUAAUAGGGACAUUAAUAAAAAAUGUGAGUUAUUGGCCAAUGAUGACAAUGAAUCCACAUCGGUUGUCACUGAUGAAAAUAGUGGUAAUUGCAGUUUAGGAGAUGCUCAGGUUAAUUCAUCAGCUUCUUGUUAUGUUCCUCCUCCUCCAACAAUUUUUGAUCUACCUAAUAUUAAUGAUAUUAAUAGUGGUAUUAGUAAUUAUGAUAAUCUUAAUGACCCUCCAAUUUUCUUAGAUAGUAAUAAUGCACCUUUUCCUAGUCCAAAUUCGACCGAUUUAUUUUUCUCAGAUCAGCCAUUUUGUAACUAUACCGAUCCAUUUUUUUUUAUGCCUAGUAAUAGUAUGAGAAGUUCCUUUUCUUCUUCUUCAUUGGAAAAUAUUAAGGAGCUUCCAGAUUUUUGAAGUCCAGCUUCGGAUAUUAUAAGAGAAUUAGGACUUCUUUUUCGUAAUUUUUUUAUUGAUCGGGAUUUUUUUUUUUUUUUUUACUGUUGUCUUUCAGAUUCCUUUAUGUUUCAGAUAAGGAAAAAAUUUUGCAACAUUUUUCCUUGUAGGUAGAGUUUAAAUAAAUCUAGAAUUUUUUUUCAAUAAUGAGCCAUAGAAGAAAAUGAAAGGUUAUUUUGAUUUCCGUUCUGUA